AUGGUUUCCCUCCUCCUUGUUAUUCAUUUGAAUAUAUUUUCAAAUUUCGCAGCCAAAUAUCAAGAAAUGCUUGUAAUAACUAUUUUAUGUGCGGCCAUUGCUCUAGUUGUAACUGCUGCUGAUACCAAUCUCUUGACUGAGGGAGCAUCAUACUCCGAUGCCGCAGCCCUCAUAUCUGCGAUCAAUGCGUAUCCCUAUUUAAAAACUUACUACACUGAAGUAUUUGGUGGAAACUGGAGAGAGACAAUUCUGGAUGCCUAUGCUGAUGGGCGCUAUACAAAAUUCCUUACUGAUUGGGCCGAUUAUAGUGAUUACUACAACGGUUAUCACAGUGAAUACUCUUACUUUUCCAAAUAUUAUACCCAAUCAUUUCUUUCUGCUGCUGGAUCUCAGAUUGACACAACAUUUUCUGAUUACGCUGCUUUCGUAUCCUAUAUGGGUUACAGUGACUCCCUUGCAUUCGAAUACAGCUACAGCUUUGAUACUCAAUCCUACAAUAGUGUACUUUUCCUGGUAUACGGAACGUGGUUUAAGGGAUACUACAGUGAGGACUCUUUUGAUACCGAAUCUUAUCUUUCUUAUGUUGGAUCUCAUUACAGUACAUCAUUUGCUGAUUACAGUGAUUUUCUUGCUUACAAUGGUUAUUACAGUGAUUACCAUGAUGAAGAAUCUUUUCUUUCCCAUCAAGGAUCUCUCUACAGUACAUCAUUUGCCGAUUACAGUGACUACAAAUCAUUCGAUUACAGCCGCACCUUCGAUACUUCAUCCUACUAUAGUUUUCUUUCCCUGGUAUACGGAACGGAUCUAGCGGGAUAUUCCUCAGCAAUCUCCGAGUUCGAAUCUCCUGGUGUUUAUGAAACCGAUAAAGUUGCAACUUCUGCAGCUGGAGGAACAGGAUCAAAUAGUAUUGCCGCCUCCACGACUUCGAGAAAUUCCAGAACUAACUCUGCGGCACAAUCAGGAUCUACGACCGAUUCGUCAGAAGAAAGUGCACCUUCCAUUGCUUCAUCUGGAGGCUCAGAAUCUAGCGGCUCAGCAUCUGGAGGCUCAGCAUCUGGAGGCUCAGCAUCAGGAAGCUCUACAUCAGGAAAUUCAGGGUCCUCAACGUCUUCAACAGCUGGUGUGUACUCCGUUGGGGUCCCAUUUGUCGGACUCUUUGCUGCAUUGAUUGCAGUUUUAUAG